UUUCAUUCCGCUGCCACUUCCUCGGUCGGCAUCACCGAUCCGCUUCCACCGACCAUCAACUGAGCGGCCUUACAUCUCGCUCACCCACCGCAACGCGUUGUAUUUGACAGAUCGCCCGACCGUGGAUAUUUUGAGUCUGAGGCCAACGAAAGUCACGCAAACCAACCGGCAAGAUGACGACUAUGGAUCUUCGCGUCGGGAACAAGUACCGGAUCGGUCGUAAGAUCGGUUCGGGGUCGUUCGGUGAUAUCUAUUUGGGCACCAACAUCAUCUCGGGCGAGGAGAUCGCCAUCAAGCUCGAGAGUGUCAAGGCAAAGCACCCGCAGCUGGAGUAUGAGGCCCGGGUUUACAAGUCGCUCGCCGGCGGCGUCGGCAUCCCGUUUGUCCGUUGGUUCGGCACCGAGUGCGACUACAACGCCAUGGUUCUCGACCUCCUUGGGCCCAGUUUGGAAGACUUGUUCAACUUUUGCAACCGCAAGUUCUCGCUCAAGACGGUCCUGCUCCUCGCCGACCAGUUGAUUUCCCGCAUCGAGUACAUCCACGCCAAAUCGUUCAUCCACCGUGACAUCAAGCCUGACAACUUCCUCAUGGGUAUCGGCAAGCGUGGCAACCAGGUCAACGUCAUCGACUUUGGUCUUGCCAAGAAGUACCGCGACCCCAAGACGCACUUCCACAUUCCGUACAGAGAGAACAAGAACCUGACGGGCACUGCCCGCUAUGCUUCGAUCAACACCCAUCUCGGUGUCGAACAGUCGCGCCGCGACGACAUGGAGUCACUCGGCUAUGUCAUGCUCUACUUCUGUCGUGGCUCCCUCCCCUGGCAGGGUCUGAAGGCUGCCACUAAGAAGCAGAAGUACGACCGCAUCAUGGAGAAGAAGAUGACGACGCCCACCGAUGUGCUCUGCCGCGGCUUCCCCAACGAGUUCGCCAUCUAUUUGAAUUACACCCGGUCGCUUCGCUUCGAUGACAAGCCUGAUUACAGCUACCUGCGCAAGAUCUUCCGCGACCUGUUUGUCCGCGAAGGCUUCCAGUACGAUUACGUCUUUGACUGGACGGUCUACAAGUACCAGAAGAACGCGCAGGCCAUCCAGCAGGCUGCCGGCAACACCGCCAACCAGGCUCAGGAGUCCAAGGACGCCCAGCAGGCGGGCGCCCGCAAGGACGCUCAGCAAGCGCUGCCUCGCGGUACCCGUAAGCAGAUUGCCGGCGAGGCUCAGGACACCAACCGUGCCGUCGGUGGAAGCGACAGGAUGUGAGUGACUACCAAGCCUAGCCCGAAGCAUUCCUAGUAAGGAAUCAUAUUUCCUUCGAUUUGCGAUAAUAGGCUGCGCUCUGCUGCAAAGGCUCAGGGCGCUGGCUCGGGAUACGCCUCCAACAAGUACCGGCCCAUGGACUGAAGCACUUAGACGGCACUCAGAUUGACGCCUCCUUUGGGCUGUGAGAGUAUGUUUCUCGUCGACCGCCUGGGCCAAUCCCUUUGGUGGGCUUUGUCAUUUGGCAUCGGGACUUCAGCAAACGCAAUUGUGCAUCGGCAGGGACCGGAUCAGC